GGAAUUUUGGCGGCCCGUGGCCGUUCGCGCGCCGCUGGCUGUAGCUUGCUCUCAAAACGUGGUGUCCAAUUACAGCAUCCCCUGAAUGUGGCGACUCCCGUCGCUGCGGAAACGCUUGGGGCGUCGUUUUAUGAGAGGCAGGACGCUUGCAUCGGUGCUAAUUCAGUUGUACAUGGGUACACAUCUCGGACUUUGUGAUAGAAAAAAAAAGACGAGAUGCGUGAUGAAGUCAUCGGGGGCGAAGGCGAAGCUUCUUACGCAGCAGGUUUUCAGAGUUUAUACUUUGUCUUACUUCUGUAACUCUAACCGAAUGUUGGGAGGAUGCUCUGCUCGGAUAUUGUACACGAGGCCACCCAGCUGCCCAAUCUGUGCUUCGUAUCGCAUCGCCACUACGAUCUACGGACCCUUCAUCAUCCAACACGGACUUCACUUUUCCUUUCAUCCAGAAGGAAGUUAUGCACAUAGCCGCACUGCACAAGUCUGCAUUCCUGACACCUCAACAUCUGCACACAGACACGAAACGGUCACAGCAAGCGACAUCAACGUGACACGACAUGCACACAUCAAACUCUGUAUAUGAUUCGACGUAGCUGCGCUCGAUGGGCUGUUAUCGCAGGCGCUCCAACCGAUCGCUACGGCUUCCCGCAUCUCUGUUUUAUCCGACUGGUCGAACAUUUAUCGUAGGAUCUUAGCCACAGGAGCCUGCAUUGCAU